UAAUUCUUUUGCCAUUUUGCUUCAUUUCACCAUGAAGUGUCAUCAUCAUUCCACGCUCAACAAUCAUUUCUUCUUACCCCUUUUCUUUAAUUCCAAUACCACAUUCACUGGUAGAUAGAUAGAGAACAGUUUUUUUUUCCCCUGCUCCUUUAGGUUCAAUAUAUUUUUUUAUUUUUUCCUUUUUUUUCUUCUUAUGGUCAUUGAAUUGGAUCUUGCCACUUACAUCACUACAAGAGGCAGUCCUUUUGACAGGAACAGCAUAUGUGAGUUUUGUUGAGGGAACAUCUUCAAGAAGCAGAACAAGUACUUUACUUUAUCCUUUUCCACUUCCUUGAUCUGUUAGAGAAUACCAGGAAAAGGAAUUUCAGCGUGACACAUUGUUAGUGUUAUAAUCAAGGUUUGAAAAUACGGUCUACUAAGACCGUAAUUUCGGUGGCCACAACAUCAAGAUUAUUGGAAUCAGGUCUCAAUUGUGGCCACAUAUGUCACAUUUGUCUGCAAUUUCACACAAUAUCAAGGAUCACGACGAAACUGCAACCGUGACUGCGACCGCAAUUUAAAAUCUUGGUUACAAUCUUGGCUCUUUUUGUCUCAUGGGCUCUGCUUUUGGUCUGAUUCUGAUGAUAUUUUCCUGGGUGUUGUUUACAUUUCCGGGAUCCGAUGCUCAGGAUGGUGUCAAGUCAGCUCAUGUUCUUGACCUAAUCAUAAGAGAUCACACAUUCAAGGCAUUGGACAAGAACUUCAAGACAGCAAUACCACAAUCAGUGGACUUGCCUUCAAAUCUUUCAGGCAUUGGAGUUGAUGCUGUGAGGUUCAGAUGUGGCAGUUUGAGAAGGUAUGGUGCACACUUGAAGGAGUUUCAUCUUGGUACUGGUGUAACUGUGCAUCCAUGUAUUGAGAGGGUCAUGCUGAUUAGACAAAACAUGGGGUACAAUUGGUCUUCUAUAUAUUAUGCUAACUAUGAUCUCUCUGGGUACCAACUUGUGUCUCCAAUUGUGGGACUCCUAGCUUACAAUGCUGAUGAAGAUGCAAACUCAAGCAACCCUUUUCAGCUUGGGAUUGUGGCUGGAGAAAAGCCUAUGACAAUUGACUUCACCAAUGCCACAAAGAUGAACCAAGAAGGUGGGAUCAAGCCCUUGUGUGCUAGUUUCGAAGGUGACGGAAGAAUGACACUAGCAAAAGCACCAAACCCUUCAAGACCACUUGUUUGUGUUGCUAAGAGGCAUGGCCAUUUUGGCUUGGUUGUGGAGUACUCACCGCCGGAUCAGUUCAGGAAUAAGCCCUUGAGCCGGUGGAAAGUGGCGGUCGGGAGCACCAUUGGCGCCGCUUUGGGUGCUUUUCUUUUAGGCCUUCUUCUUGUGGCAAUGCUUGUUAGGGUGAAGAAGAGAUCAAGAAUGGUGGAGAUGGAGAGGAGGGCCUAUGAAGAAGAAGCCCUUCAGGUUUCAAUGGUUGGACAUGUGAGGGCUCCUACUGCACUUGGCACCCGAACCACACCUAUAAUUGAGCAUGAGUAUAUGCCUCAUCAUCAUCCUCGUUGAAUAUAGUUUCUUUUUGUUGCUGAUCAAUCAAUUUUGUAACAUUGUAAGAUGAAAUUCAAAUCAAUCUGUGUUGCUGAUCAACCCAAUUUUGUAACAUCAAGAUGACUUUCAAUCAAAUUUGUCAUAGGCCAAAAAAACUAUGAAAUGUUUCAUAGUCUUGCUUAUCAAUCAAUUUUGUAACAUUGUAAGAUGACAUCAGAACCAAAUUGUGUUGCUGAUCAAUCAACUUUGUAACAAUAAGAUGACUUUCAAUCAAAUUGUUUCAUUA